AUGGCAUUAAAUAAGUAUAUGCACCCUCGCAACAUUUACAAAACCCCGCCUGAUUUCGGAAAAUUAUCAUUAUUUUAUCCAGAAUUUGCAGCCAUAUCUAAAAUGGAUAUAACUGGUAAAGUAGGAAUAGACUUCAAAGACCCACACUCACUCAGAGUCCUUACAAAAUGCCUGCUUAAAUCGGAUUUUAAUCUAGAAGUGGAUAUUCCUGCUGACAGAUUGGUUCCAACAUUACCUUUAAGACUUAACUAUAUUUUAUGGAUUGAAGAUUUAAUGGAAGUUACACAUAGAAAGGAGAAUAUAGUAGGGUUAGAUAUUGGAACUGGAGCAUGUGCUAUUUACCCUCUAUUAGGGGCUGUCAAAAAUAAAUGGAAAUUUGUUGGAACAGAAAGUGACGCAGAAAGUUUUACUAAAGCUGAAGAAAAUGUACAAAGAAAUAAUUUACAAGAACUUAUAAAAUUAACAAAAAACUCUACUAAAUGUAUUAUUUCUCAUCUAUUCACAUAUGAUGAUAAGGAACAGUUUGAUUUCUGCAUGUGCAAUCCACCUUUCUAUAGUAAUUUGCAAGAAUUGUGUGAAUCACGGAGCCCAGCAAGACUGCCUCCAAAGAAUGGGUUUACAGGAUCUCCGCAGGAGUUAAUCACAGAAGGAGGGGAGCUAGAAUUUUGUAGACAGCUCAUUAGAGAGAGUAAACAAUACAGGGAUAAUAUACUAAUAUUUACUACAAUGGUAGGUCACAAAUACAAUUUAAGUGUAUUAUUACAAGACUUAAAGUCAGAAGGAAUUAGUCACACUCAUGCUGAGUUCUGUCAAGGUCGGGUUACUAGAUGGGGACUAGCUUGGACAUAUCAACAGUAUGAUUUAUAUGAAUUAGUACCUCCGAGAGGAAAACCAAGGAAGAAACAUAAACCAACAAUUUUCUUACUGCCUGAAUUAACUAGUUGUGAAGGUAGUGUUGAAGUAGCUUUAAGUAAAAUAAAAGAGAUGCUUGACAUUUUAUGUAUUCAACACAAAAUACUUGAUAAGAGAGGAGGCAAUAUCACAUUGGAUAUUGUAGCAAAAAAUAACACUUGGUCCAAUCAAAGACGAAAAAGAAGACUCCAAAAUAGAACGGAAACUGUUGCUAAAGUGCCAAAAUUACAUAUAGAACAAGAAAGUACAAUACCCAAUCCAUUAAACAAUCAAGUAGAUGGUGAGUCAAAACUUGAAGUUUCAGAAGCAUCAAAAUCAUUAAACAUUGAUAAUAUUACUAAUCAAAGUGAAAUAAGUGAAAGUAAACAAGAUACAAGUUCAGUUAACUCUGCAAAUAAAACUGAGCCUCUAGUGCAUGCCUUUUUGAAAUUAGUGAAGAAAGUUGAUAAUAUCCUCCUAGAAUUAGAGUUUCUUGAUGGCUGUGCUGGAAAGGAAGGCUUACAUCAAAUAGCACAAUAUAUUAAAAACAAUUGGAAAUAA